AUGAGUAAAGAAGACAAAGGAAUAGAAUGGUGGAGAAGAACGUUCCAAUACAAGACAGGUCUUGGUUUGACUUCUGAGUUGAAAGCUCAAUAUGAAUCUGAUUACUCAACCAUACUCAACAAGAAACAAUGUAUUCAAUGUUAUAAAGAUCGUGAUUGGAUGCUUUCAUAUUCUCCUAUGAUCAGAUUCAUGACCCAACGUAUCAAACAAAUUUCAAAAGAUGAUGAUUUGAAAUUCGAUGAAAAGAUUAUAUGUGAUGUUUGUGAUAAUACGAAAAGUGGCGGGUAUCAUCCUGAUUUUGGUAUAUUGUUAUGUCAGAAUCGAUUAAGAGAUAAAUGGCAUCUCGAAGAUACGUUAAGUCAUGAGUUAAUUCAUUGGUAUGAUCAAUUGAAAUGGGAGGUCGAUUGGUUGAAUUUGAAACAUCAUGCUUGUUCGGAAAUUAGAGCUUCUAAUCUAAGUGGAGAAUGUAGAUUUUGGCAAGAAUUUAAACGACGUGGUGGAUUCACUUUUAAAAUUGCUAAGGGUCAACAAGAAUGUGUUAAAAGAAGAGCUAUAUUGAGUGUCAUGGGGAACCCCAAUUGUAAAGAUAAAGAGCAUGCUGAAAGAAUCGUAGAAGAAGUUUGGGAAAGUUGUUUUAAUGAUACAAGACCAUUUGAACAAAUAUAUAAAUAA